UCCGUGUUUGACAUUCCGUUUGUGUGCGUGUGUGUCAACGUUGGUUGUCAGGCUUGCUCCGAACGUAUAUUUUCGCUAAUUUCCGUACAUUUUCGCUUUGAAUCGUACAAAUAUUUAUUACAGAGUGACCGACUGCAAUUAUGAAUCAUUAGAGCUUUGCACGAUAAAAGAAUGUUAUGCAGUUGUGUUACUUGUUUAAAAAAUAUGUUUAAAAAAGAGUCUUGUCCUCUCUUGAAAAUCACUUGAUUUUUCCAUAUUUUUCGUCAUUUUUCGUCAAUAAAUAACUAGAAUCAUGAAUUGCGUGUUUUCAUUAGUGAAAAUUGUAUAGACUGUAUAAAUUAGUUAGCAAAAAUAAAUGGCUUAACUUAAUUUUAUCGAUUCUAUUUUCAAGUGUCGAGUAUAUUUACUUAUCUCGCGCCAGGGAUUAUAAAAAGUGAUGUUAAUAUUUCAUAUUAGAAGCCAGUAACGUUUUGUUGAUAUAGGUUUAAGUAGCAUUGAAUCAAAAAUUCUCUCCAUCUCAAAAUGCCAAGUACAUAUUUGUACGCAAUCAACAAUGAAGGACGAGUCUUUGGUUUGUCCACAAGUGGGAACAUGUGGAGAGAAUUUAUGUACCUGGGCCUAGAGUUUAAACAAUUAUCAGCAGUUCCACAUUUUAUGUGGGCUAUCGGGGGAGAUCGACAAGUUUACGUUCAUGUCCAUGGAUUAGAUUUUCCCAUAAGAAUCAAGGAAGAAACAUACGAAAAUGAGCGCUGGUUGCCUUUGGAAGGUUUUAGCAGCCGAUUAUUGCCUACGGAUCGGUUUAAUUUUUCAAACCAGGAUGGAACGGUUGAUCGUAGUCGGGAUAAAGUCAAACUUCCUUCCAUGGCUUGGCAGUGGGAAGGAGAUUGGCAUAUUGAAACAACUUUGGAUGGCCAGCCUUUGGAUCACGAUGGUUGGACCUACGCAAUUGAUUUCCCAGCCGUUUAUAGUACGAAGAAAAAUUGGAAGUCUUGUGUAAGAAGGCGAAAAUGGGUUCGAUAUCGAAGAUACAGCGCCAUGAACUCUUGGUGUGCUAUUGCGCCUCUUCACAAAGAUGCUACGAAGGAACCUUUCAUAGAUGUUGCGAUCGGUGGAAAUCAGAUUCCAGGAGGAAAUUCUGGAGAAUUGGUCGUUUGGGCAGUAACAGCCCAUGGAAGGAUAAUGUUUAGAGUUGGAGUGAGUACAACAUCGCCAGAAGGUUUAAGAUGGAGUGCGAUUAAAUUGCAAUCUGGUAACGAAGUGUGCCAAGUCAGUGUCGGUAUUUCUGGAUUAGUUUGGGCAAUUUUGCAUAAUGGCAAGGCCAUUGUUCGCACCGGCAUUACGCGAGAAAAUCCAAUGGGAGAUGAAUGGGCGGAAGUGGAGCCACCACAGAAUGAUCGUCUGAUUCAAAUAAGUGUUGGAUUAGAUGCUGUAUGGGCUGUAAGUCAAAAUGGAAAUGUCUGGUUCCGAAAAGGAAUAAAAGGCGAGAUGAGCGGAAUUUGCGAACAACUCGCAACUGGAACCGGUUGGGUUGAAAUGGCAAAUAAAAUGGCUUUGGUAUCCGUUGCUCCGAAUGAUCAGGUCUGGGCGAUUGGAGCUGAAGAUCGUUGUUUGUAUUAUCGCAGUGGAAUUACACGUUCGGAAUUAACAGGAAAAAAAUGGAAAAUGCUUAAUGUGCCUCUUCAAUUGAGCAGAGCGAGUAGUAAUGCGAGUCUUACUUCGAGUAAUAGGCACAGUAUGUGUGGCACUCCUCAGCAACAGAGGCAUCCAAGUUUUGGUUCUUUGCAAAAUCGUCCUUUGAGUACGAGCGACACUUCCGCAUUAAUGAGAGACUGGGAAGAACAAUCAAGAUCCGCUCCGAAUGCUUCAUCUUUGAAAAUGUGGCAAAAAUCGAACAAUGUCAAUCCCACAAAUUUAGAAUUAAAGCAAUCUUCUUUUCAAGAAAUGUACCGAAAUGAAGAGAGCAAACGGUCUGCAGGUUCGAUAGACGCGAAGGAUUUAACGCAAGCGAGUGUAGCAAAUAUUGCAAUAUCGAACGAGUCUUUGGCUAAAGGCGGCGAGUCAAUUGUCGUUUCCGGAAAAGGAAUGGGCAGUACUAUCAAGGUGAAUCCAGCAGCCUGGAGUCCUGUACAUUCUGUCGGAUCAAUGGUGGGUGUCGAAGCUCAUCCCGAAACAGAUGGAAGUAUUUUCGAUCCGGAUUUAACCGGAGAUUCGGGAGUUUAUGGAGAGGAUGAAAGUACAGCUGCAAUGUACUGGGCAGAAUGCGAUGUCCUCUGGUAUAAAGUAGAAGCUGGCGCUUGUUCCAUUGAUAUCAGCAAUCCCCCUAAAUGGAUUGGUGAUGGGAAUGGCAAUGCACAUGGAGAAACCGCAGAACCCUGGAGAAUUUACAUUUUAAAGGAAUUGAAAAGUAGACUAAAUGACAUCGACUUUGAUUCUGCUCAGUAUGAAAAGGCCGUUGAAAAAUCUUCCUGGGUCAAGAAUGGAGAAGCAAAAUGUAGAUUAAAAAAUGGAGCUUCCUACGAUGAUUGUGUGAUUGAAUUAGAAUGGAUUAGCAGUGAUAGCGGAUCUCUAGAUUUCGGAACAUUAACUGUUUUGAAUCCAGACGGCGCAACAACAGUUGUUCAGUUUUCCAUGUCUGAAAUCGUUUGUGUAACCUGCUGUAGUGAACCCGGAUGUCCUCGAAUUGCCAUUCACACUCCUCGUUUGAAUUCCUCAAAGGUUCUUAGAUUACAGUUCGCUAGUGAUACCGAAAUGGAAGAUUGGAUGGCGCACCUUACUUCAGUCUCUUGUCAGAUGAAUAACGUAUACGGAAGCCCUGGCCCUAAUUCGAUAUGGACAACAACUGCUUUAGGCGACGUAUUCGUUUACGAUCCUGCUAUCGCUGAGGCAAAUCAACUCGAGGAAGGAUUAUUCGUACAAGAAUUAGAUGCAACCGGGAAGAAUCUUCCAUAUGAAAGUAUUCUUCAGAAUGGCUUUGGACCUGGAAGUACUUUAGAAAUAUCCGUUUGCGUUCACGACGAUGCCGAUCGAUUGACGUUUAAUCUCGUUUGCUAUUCGUCGAUAAAUUCCAAACACAAGCAUUCAACAGAGACGAAUGAUUUGGCAUUUCAUUUCAAUCCACGGCUCAGGGAAAAUGUUGUCGUGAGAAAUACGUAUCAGAAUGGCCAAUGGGGUGACGAGGAAAGAGGAGGCGGAAGUCCUUUAAGAUCAGGCUCUGAUUUUACUUUAAAAAUAAUUUGCGAACAGCGUGGUUACCGAGUUGUGAUCAACGAUAAUCCAUUCACUUUUUUUAGCCACAGAGUAACUCCUCAGAAUAUUACGCAUUUGCGAUUAAAGGGGCAAAUGACUUUGUACAGUGUCUUGUAUAAAUCUACGGCGGUGAGAUUUAUUCUAAAUUUGUUUUCCGAAUCCCGCCCACUGGGUGUUUCAUGGGAACAUAUACCAAGUGAUCAAGCUCUAAUCGGCAUUUCCUGUGGACCCCAUGGUCAAGUUUGGGCUGUUGCGAAGAACGGCUCUUGUUACUGGAGAUUUGGCAUAAACAGUUCUAAACCUACAGGCGACGCAUGGCAAAAUGUAGAACCACCCGCAGGUGCGCAUAUAAAACAGAUUUCUGUUGGAUCAAAUGCCGUCUGGGCUUUGGACACCAACGGCAGGUUAUCAGUUCGUCGGGAAAUCCAAGCGAAAGUUUUUCCAGAGGGCACGCACUGGCAAACUUUACCUGCCAUGCCAAACGAUCCAAUUCAUAUCGAUUUAUCAGUCCUGAAUGCCAAACAAGGAUUUCGUUACGUCUCCGUUUCCAAAGAACCAGGACAAGUUUGGGCAAUUUCAGGGGCAGGAAUAGUCUGUCGAAGGAUUGGAAUCAACGAAGAAAACCCGGCUGGUACUGGAUGGUCGACUGGUAUAGGGGCAAAUUGGCAGCACAUAAGCGUUGGAGGCCUUAGUCACAAAUUGAAAUAGGUAUCUUUCGGAUCUUUUUUUUCUGCUUAAAUGUGUCAAAAUACUCUCAGCCACAUUAUUAUAUGAAAAUUGCAUAAAAUAUGGACAAGGGCUUGCCUUUGCAGAGAUUGUAUACAGAAUGUAAAUAGCAUUUCAAGAAAUUUUCAAAAAAAUAUUACCGAUACGAAAAAUGUAUUAUGUAUUGCAUAAUGUUUGUCCGCUUCGCCGAUAACUGCGAUAUUCUAGUCAGUGUCUUAUUCUGUAGAAAGAAGUUUGCUCAUGAAUUUCAAAAACAAAAUUUCUAAAGACAUAGUUCUGCUUUAUGAUUGAAUAUUGUGUUUUUUUUAACCUUUGGAGCUUAUGUAUUUGGAUUAAAUAUUUUAUUUGCAGGAAUUGCAUAUUCUUUCUACUGAUUCGUGUUGAAGUAAAAAAGACUGCGUUUAUUUUUAUGACUGUCGAGAACAGCAGAUUCUGUUUCAGUAUUUAUUUUAUACUUAUAUUUUUAAGAAUUACAUUUACGAAACGGUUUCAUUCCAACUUAUCUGUGUAAAAAAUGGCUGAUAAAGUGAGAAAGUAGGUACAAAAUGUAUUCUUCUUAUAUAUUACCUUAGAAAAUAGUUUAACAUUUUACAGAAUACUUGUUCUCGUUAUAAUUACAAUUUGUAGCAAAUAUUAAUUUAAGA